AAUGUUUUUACUUGGGUUGACUCUAUCAAAUAUCAUAAGCAGUUCAGAAACACAUUCUGUGCAUGUUCUGAUGUCUAUGAGAUUUCAAAUGAGUCCAAAUAUUGACAGUCAUCAAUUGCACAUGAUUAGUUAGUUCAGAUCCCAAGUACCCACGUAUUAUAUCCAAUAAAUAAUUAUCCUUUUUUUGUUCAUCAUCAUUUAUCUAUCACCAAUUUAUCUUUAACUAUAAACUAAUUUAUCUCUAGAAUAGCUUCCUAUAACUUUCCUUACCCUCCCUUUGUUCCCUGUAAUCAAAUAUGCCAAAACAUUAAGAGGAACAAACAAAGUCAGAAGAGAACAACACAGCCACCAAAAUGCAAACUCAUUGGUUGUUCUUGUAUUGUUACAUUGGUGUGUCUCUCUUUUUUAUUGAGGGAGCUCAAAUUGCAACAUACAAUGAAUUGUCAACUCUUAUCUCCAUCAAAUCUAGUAUCAUUGAUCCAAUGAAUCAUUUAAAGGAUUGGCAGCAGCCGAGCAACGCGACGAUGCAGGAUGAUGGUUGGAACCAUUAUUGUAACUGGACUGGAAUUAGUUGCAACUCUAAAGGGUUUGUAGAGAGUCUUGAACUCUACAACAUGAACUUAAGUGGUGUUAUUACAUACCACAUUCAAUCCCUUUCAAGUUUAUCUUAUUUCAACAUAAGUUGUAACAACUUUGCUUCAACACUUCCCAAAUCACUAUCUAACCUCACAUCUCUAAAGAGUUUUGAUGUGAGCCAGAACUACUUUACUGGCAGAUUUCCCACUGGUCUUGGAAGAGCUGCAGGGUUGAGAUCAAUCAAUGGAUCAAGCAAUGAAUUUUCAGGUCUUCUUCCUGAGGAUAUUGGAAACUCAACAUUGCUUGAGAGCCUCGAUUUUCGAGGGAGCUACUUUAUAAGUCCAAUUCCAAAGAGUUUUAAAAAUUUGCAGAAACUUAAGUUUCUAGGCUUAUCAGGCAAUAACUUCACAGGAAAGAUUCCAGAAUAUCUUGGAGAACUGAGUUCUUUAGAUACAUUGAUUAUGGGAUACAAUGAGUUUGAAGGUGAAAUCCCUGCAGAGUUUGGAAACAUGACUAAUCUUCAAUAUCUUGAUUUGGCUGUAGGAACUCUCAGUGGACAAAUUCCAGUUGAAUUCGGUAAGUUGAAGAACCUCACGACAGUUUACUUAUAUCGAAACAACUUGACAGGGAAAAUUCCACCUGAGCUUGGCAACAUUAUGUCACUAGCAUUUCUAGACCUCUCUGACAAUCAAAUCUCAGGAGAGAUUCCAAAAGAACUUGCUAAAUUAGAAAACCUUCAGCUUUUGAAUUUGAUGAGCAAUAAACUAACUGGUUUUGUACCAGAGAAGCUUGGUGAAUUGAAAAACUUACAGGUUCUUGAGCUAUGGAAAAAUUAUUUAGAAGGUCCUUUGCCACUGAACCUUGGAAAAUAUUCACCUUUGCAGUGGUUAGAUGUCUCUUCUAACUCAUUGUCCGGUGAGAUCCCUCCAGGUUUGUGUACUGAAGGAAAUCUCAUUAAACUAAUCCUCUUCAACAAUUCCUUCACCGGUCUCAUUCCUAGUGGACUUUCGAACUGUUCGUCUUUGGUGCGUGUUCGGAUUCAGAACAAUCUAAUUUCUGGAACCAUUCCUGUUGGAUUUGGCAAUCUCCCUAGCCUUCAACGGCUUGAGUUGGCAAAGAACAACCUCACUGGAAAAAUUCCUAUUGAUGUUACCUCUUCCACAUCACUUUCCUUCAUUGAUGUAUCCUGGAACCACCUUGAUUCAUCUCUGCCUUCAGAAAUUCUUUCUAUUCCAACCCUUCAAACCUUCAUUGCCUCUCACAACAACCUUGGAGGAACUAUCCCGGAUGAGUUCCAGGGCUGUCCAUCUCUUUCUGUGCUUGAUCUUUCAAAUGCAAAUAUCACUGGCACAAUCCCAGAAAGUAUAGCUUCUUGUCAAAGAUUAGUCAACCUUAAUCUUAGAAACAAUCAUUUGACAGGUGGAAUCCCAAAAUCAAUCACAAACAUGCCAACCUUAUCUGUUCUUGACUUGUCCAACAAUUCGCUGACCGGUAGGAUACCUGAAAACUUUGGCAGCUCACCAGCUCUGGAAAUGAUGAAUCUGUCCUAUAACAAGCUGGAGGGGCCAGUACCCUCAAAUGAGAUUCCUCUGAUGAUGAAUCCUAACGAUCUUAUCGGCAAUGUGGGUCUUUGCGGAGGCAUUCUCCCUCCAUGUUCUCAGAGUUUGACUGUGACAAGUCAGAAAAGGAGCUCACACAUUAAGCACGUUGUUAUCGGUUUUGUGUCUGGCAUUUCAGUGAUUUUAUCUUUUAGUGCUGUAUAUUUUGGAGGCAAAUGGUUAUGCAAUAGAUGGUAUUUGUAUAAUAAUUUCAUCCAUGAUUGGUUCAGACAUAGCGGUGAAGAUUGGCCCUGGAGGUUUGUAGCAUUCCAAAGGAUCAGUUUCACAAGUAAUGAGAUACUGAGUUGCAUAAAGGAAUCAAAUAUCAUAGGCAUGGGUGGCAAUGGUAUUGUUUACAAAGCUGAAAUCCAUAAACCUCAGGUAACAGUAGCAGUGAAGAAACUGUGGAGAUCAAGAGUAGACAUAGAAAAUGGGAAUAAUGAUGUAUUAAGGGAAGUGGAACUCCUAGGGAGAUUAAGGCAUAGGAACAUUGUAAGGCUAUUGGGGUAUGUUCACAAUGAAAGGGAUGUGAUCAUGGUUUGCGAGUACAUGCCGAACGGGAACCUUGGAACAGCACUGCAUGGUGAACAAUCUGCUAGGUUACUUGUAGAUUGGGUCUCAAGGUAUAACAUUGCUCUUGGAGUUGCACAAGGAUUGAACUACCUGCACCAUGAUUGUCAUCCACCGGUUAUUCAUAGGGAUAUUAAGUCUAAUAACAUACUCCUUGACGCGAAUUUGGAGGCCAGGAUAGCAGAUUUCGGGUUGGCAAGGAUGAUGAUUCAAAAGAAUGAGACUGUUUCGAUGGUGGCUGGAUCUUAUGGUUAUAUUGCACCAGAAUAUGGAUACACUCUGAAGGUUGAUGAGAAGAUUGACAUAUACAGUUAUGGAGUGGUACUUUUGGAGCUGCUAACAGGCAAAAUGCCUUUAGACCAUGCGUUUGGAGAAUCAGUGGACAUAGUCAAAUGGAUACAAAAGAAGAGAAACAAUAAAGCCUUGUUAGAAGCACUAGAUCCCACCAUAGCUGGUCAGUGCAAACAUGUUCAGGAAGAGAUGCUUCUUGUGCUCCGAAUUGCACUUCUAUGUACUGCAAAGCUUCCCAAGGAAAGACCAUCCAUGAGAGACAUCAUUACAAUGCUUGGAGAGGCGAAGCCUAGAAGGAAAAGCAUUUGCAGUAACGGGAGACAAGAGAAUAGCAUGGAAAAGGGAACAAUAUUUACCACAUCACCAUUAGCAAUUCUUUUUUAGCACCAACUUGUUUAGUUUAACAUGUUCACUUCCCUUUUUUAGCCGAUAGUAAAUACAUCUAUUUUUCGAUAAGGUUUUAGUUUUUUAUCUUUUUUGGAACUGCAAUCAAUCCAUCUAAAUUGCACAUUAAGAUUGUAUACUUCUAAUAAUGUCAUCUUAAUUCAA